AACCAGAGAUAUCACUCUCUGUGGAUCUCACCCACUUGAUCCUGUUACAAUGUCUUCUGCUGUGGCUCCAGCCAAAUCUCCCAAGAGGAGAGCCAAGUCUCAGAGGAAGAAGACGGGUCCCACAGUGUCCGACCUGAUACUGAAGGCCGCGUCCGCGUCCUCAGAGCGCAGCGGCGUGUCCCUGCCAGCCCUGAAGAAGGCUUUGAAGGCCGGAGGAUAUGACGUAGUGAAAAACAACGCCAGAAUCCUCACCGCCAUCAGACGCUUGGUGGCCAACAAAUCCCUUGUCCAAACCAAGGGCUCCGGGGCCUCGGGGUCCUUCAAGCUGAACAAGAAACCACCUACUCCUCGGAAGAAGGUGGUGGUGAAGAAGAAGAAGAAGAAGGAGCCAAAGGCAAAAAGGGUCAAGAGGGCCAGCCCAGAGAAAGCAGCUGGAGGUGCCACUCCAGAAGUCAAGAAGUCACCAAAGAAAAGGAGAAAGCCAAAGAGUCCUGCCAAGAAGUCCGCUCCGGCCAAGAAGGCCAGGAGUCCGAAAAAGGCCAAACGCAGGGUUGCUAUGUCCACCAGGACCAGAGCUGCUGCCAAGAAGUAAAAGAAACAACUCUCUAAGUGAACAACAAAUGCCUCUCUGGUUGCGUUUAAUUCCUCUAACGAGUGGACCAAAAUUACGCACUCAUUCCAAGAACUUGAGCCUACUUUAAAAAAAUGUUUCCAUAAUAACAACAACAACCACUUGAUCUGUUGUUUGUCAAACCUCUUAUCUGCUGUGGUCUGUAAAGGACGGAUUUGGAAUUGUUGGAAAUAAUAAACCUUUAUUAAUUUA